GCUGACGUUGUUGGGGUGGGGGAGGGAGCACUCCAGCCCAGCCGCGGCCGUUGUCACUGCGCUUCCCCCAGGGCCGUUGCCUCACCUGGCGGACUCGACCCAGCGAGUCCCGCCGCCGUUAGCGGAUCAUCGCACGAGCGUGGCCAGCGCCAUCGGUGGCCCGCCCUCUUCCACCUUUGCCUUCUCUUCAUUGGUCGAGCAGAACCUCUCGUCUCCUCGAUUGGUCCAGGAGGAAGUGGUUUGUGCCUACGUGGAGCCCUCAGAGAUAUAACACCGCCCCAGCUGCUCCACAGCUCUGGUUGCAAAACUGAUGGUGGCAAAUUGUAACUUGAAGCCAGAUGUAUACCUUUAUACAACAUCCUGAGUGAGGUGAAGUUGGAGGACAAUCAAAGUGACUCCACCUACUAUCCACCCUUUCCUCACUUGGCGAUUCCUAGAACUAUGGAGAGGCUUCUCUGGGUGGUAGGAGAAUGGGGCACAGCUUCUGUGAAGGCAAGCAGACUCCCCCUUCUACUUUGGAUGGGGGAGUGGUUUUGGACUCAAAAAGGAUGGGUAGAAAGGAUGCGUCUGCCGCAAGAAUUCCUGUUGAGCAAUACAGGAAACAAAUAGGAAAACAAGAUUACAAGAAAAGCAGGCCAGUGUUAAGAGCAACAAGAUUAAAAGCAGAGGCCAAGAAAACUGCACUGGGCAUAAAGGAAGUUGCCCUUGUCCUUGCAGCUAUACUGGUAUUUCUGUUGGCUUUCUACGCUUUCUUUUAUCUUAAUCUAUCAAAUGAAGUUGACCUUGAUCUGGAUCCAAAUGAAAACUAGCAGAUGCAAUGUAUCUAUCCUAUCAUCAGAUUCUCUUCAGGAAAAGCAACUACCUUGAACAACACUGCUUGGGAACACACAGUUCUAAUGCAUAAUAAUACUAUGCAAUAUCUCAAUCGCUCUUAAAAUUCAUAUCUGCAGAACAGGCAAAGAAGACUCAUGCAACGCAAGCUGCUUAAGUUAAAACAAAAGCUGUACUAUUAUGAAUUAAAUGAAUUGUUUACAUUAUUUGUUUCUCAGGCUGAGAACUCUGAUGCCAAAAGACAGUUUUUUGCAUAUUGGUGUUGGUAUUGAAAAGGGUAGAUACUGACUUCUGGGUAGUCUGUCCUAACUUAAAUCCAUGAAUCCAAACUUCCCAAUAGUGAAAUUAGGUUUCCUUUUUUUAAAAUACAAAAGAAA